AUGCACACAUGCCCACAUACAGAAUUGCCUUCUCGUGCAGAUGCGAUAGAGGCAGAGCUUACCCACGGGCAGAAAGAGUUCCCUGUGGAGCAAGAAUUUGCGAUGACUCCAUUAAAAUCAUCAACUGUAAGAGAUGAAGGAAUAAGCAUAUCAUCGCAACUGCUAGCACCAUUGAUAGAUUGCGGAGAACCGGAAGAAAAACGAACUCGACGUAAGCCAAAUUUCACAGGCUUUACGCCUACAACGAAAGGGGAAGCCAAAAUUGGACGUCAACGUUUGCUUGAACGGUGGGCCGCUGAACUGUCCAGUUUUGGUAUCGUCGAGCGAACGCCAGUUGAAGUUGAACAGAAAAUAAGAGAUUAUAUGAAAAAGAUAGCAGCGAAUCGAAAACGAGCAGUGAAAAGGGCUAUGAGUCCUCCAUGUCAGUUGAUAAGUUCCGUGGUAUCGGAAAAUUCAACACUGGACGAUUCAACAACGGACGAUUCGCUGACCGCAUAUGCUGGCUUCUUGCUAGAACAGCAUAGAGCAACUCAAAACGAUUGCACUGAGAAUUUUGAACCACUGGGACUUGUAAAUAAUAGCUAUGAUGUCGAGGAAGCUAAAUUAAUGACGAAUAAUGCUUCAGUUCUAUGUUUUGAAUCAACAAACAAUAUCAGAAAUAGCUGUCGCAAAAGGAAAACAAGUAACAUGAGUUCAGUUUCUAAUGAAAAAGAGCAACCGGUGGAAAUGUUAGAAAACAGUGAUGAAGUUGUUCCCCCUCCAUCAGAAAUGCAUAAGCAGCAGAUGGAUUUUGGCUCCAUUGAUUUGGCACUGAAAACUGUAUACAUGGAAAUUGCCAGGAAAGAACUUGAGAAGAAGACACUUGAGGUGGAAGCAAUGAAGGUUAACUUAAAAAUCAAGAAACUUGAACUGGAAGGAAAAAGGCAUGAUGUGGAAAAAAAACGCCUUGAAUUGCGGAAACUACAAGAAAGUAUUAUCAGAGAUUCACUAAGUUCAGGCGAAAGUAGUGAAACUCCUCAUGACACAUCCAUCACUGAUCAGUUUGAUCUUGAAAUUGAAUAA